AUGGGUAGCGGAGAAGGAGAGGAUCUGCAGAAGGUGAAGCAGGCGGCCGCCGCCGCGUACGAUUACGAUUCCGACCCACGGUGGGCGGAUUACUGGUCAAACGUACUCAUCCCGCCCCACAUGGCCUCCCGCAACGACGUCGUCAACCACUUCAAGCACAAGUUCUACCAGCGCUACAUCGACCCUGAACUAAUUGUGGAGCCAAUAGUUACUGGCGGCACAUCUCAGUCAGCGAGAGCAUCUACCCCGCCAUCACAGUCUUCAUCUACUUCUAAUAGCAAUACGCGCCAGAGGACUUCUGGGUCCUCGACUAGAACCUCAGGAACAUCAACAGCUCCCCCUCCCAGUGCGACGUCAUUGCGCUGGGAUCAACGGACCGUUCAAUUUUCUGUCAAUGCUUGGGUCGUUAUUGUGGCAGUUCUUGCAAUGUUUCCACUUGUGCCUAAAAACCUCUCGAAUCGCGCAUAUAGACUUUCCUUCUUGGGGACUGCAUGCUCUUCUCUUUAUUCGUUGUAUUCAUUGUAUGGGAAACCUCGAGCAUGGAACUUGCCAGCUUUGCAAGUAUGGUUCCAGUCGGUGGUAGUUACCAAAGAUUUUAUCUACUCAAUAUACUGCCUUUCUUUUGUCACUUCGCAUCUGUGCCUCAAAUUUGCUUUAAUUCCCAUACUUUGUCGCUCCUUGGAGCAUGUUGCAAAGUUCUUGAGGCGCAAUUUUAGCAGGUCAUCCUUGUACAGGAAGUACUUGGAAGAAGCUUGUGUUUGGGUAGAGUCGAACACGACUACUCUUAGCAUUAUGUCCUCACAUGCUGAAAUUGGAAUUGGGUUCCUUCUGAUUAUUUCUCUCUUCUCGUGGCACCGCAAUAUUAUGCAAACAUUUAUCUACUGGCAGAUUUUGAAGCUCAUGUACAAUGCCCCUGCAACUGCUGGGUACCAUCAAAGUACUUGGGCUAAGAUCGGGCGAACUGUGAACCCAUUAAUCCAACGCUAUGCACCAUUCUUGAACACUCCGAUUUCUGCCUUGCAGAGGUGGUUUUUCAGCCAAUCAUUUGCAAACAACGAGAUGCUACCUGACCGAGAGGACCACGAUGUGACGGAAGCCAAAGAGCCCGGCCUAGUAGCGAGCUACGCCACGACUUCCCGCUGA